AUGUUUACUAGUGAAAGUGUGCAAGAACAUAUACUUUAUGAUAAAAUAUAUCAAUAUCUUUGGGUUAAGUCUGAGACCUCAAGUCCACCUUCUGUGCUAAUACCAGAUACUGUGAUUUUGAUAAGAUCAAUGCCGAUAUAUUGGUAUUUUACAGACAAGGAGACAGGGGAAGUUAAGAAAAAGCUGAGGAAAAACGUUACAAAAGAAAAUAUCAAAGAAACUUGGUUGAACUAGGUUGGGAGAUCUGGAGUGGUGGGAUAUUUGUUGCAUUUUAUAGAGAAUUUAGAUUUGAAUUAUCCUCCUGAGAAACUAAAAAUAAGUGGUAAAAUUUAGAUAGUGUAUUUUGAUGAAAAAGGAUUUGAAAAUUUUAUGAAUUCUAAUUUGGAACUUCCUUUUGGAAUACUUUAACGAUAUGUCGAGGCGGCAGAUGACAGAAAUUCAUAAAUUUAGGCUUUUUGGAGUAAAUCUGUCACACUCUUCACAAAGAGAAUGACUAAGAAGAGUUAUAUGAAUAAAUCAAUGAAUAUUUAUGAGAGACUCUGCACUUUCGAAGGACCUGAGUAUUUGAGUGAAGCAACUUAAGUGAAGGAUUUCUAAUCUUAAAGAAUAUCUGAAUAGAUUUAUAAGAUGAUUAAUCACUUAGAUGCAAUAUCAUUUGGAAAAUUGAAUAUAAAUCAAGGAACAUUUUAUUUUAAGGUUGACAAAUAAGAUAAAUGUUGGUUUCUUUUUUGUGGCAGUCUAAAAUUCGAAGAUGAUAAACAUUAUAAGAACUAUCCUAAGGAUUUAUAUACUCAAUCCUAAAUAUCUAUACCAAAAUCAGUGGAUGGAAUUAUGUCAGUUUAUAGUCAAAGACCAUUGUAAUUGAACAAGGAAUCUAAAUGCAUUAAGUGUGGUAACAUUGACAAGGAGAACAAUUUCAUGGAUAUUCCAUAUCAUUACAUUUUGGAUUCAGAUAUAGAAAGUUUACCAGCUGAUCAAUGGCCGACUGAAAUUUAGAAAGAGGCUAAAAAAGUCAAAGUAGCAGGUGCUAAUGCUGGUACUCAAGCAUUAUUAAACACAAUAACAUAGGUUCCCUUAGUAUUUUAGAAGAUUCAUGAAAAGUUAAAUUACACCAAUUUUGAUUAAUUUAAACAAUCUGAUGGUUUCCUGCAUAAAACAUUAUAAGUUUGUUUGGAUUGCUAUAUAGUAUUAGUUGCUCAUUAAGAGAAAGUGUAAAAGAACUGCGUAAUAAAUAAAGUCAGAUAAAAUGUUCGAAUUCGAAAGGCUUCAGAAGGAUUUACAAAUGCAAAACGGUUGAAGGAAUAUUUAAGAUAAGGAUAAAAAGAAUAGGGGAUAAAAGGAGGCUAGGUCAAAACUAUAGAAAGUAAUAUAAGCAAAUAAGCGUAAAAAGUCAGACCUAUUCAACAAUACAUUAAUAUGAGAUUGCAAAGUUUAAGUCCUUAAUUGAAGUACUCAAUCGAAAUUCCGUCUACUGCUGAUUAUUUGUCAUUUAAGACGAAAUCAUCGAAUUAUGACAUCUCUUCAAGCAAAAAUGAAUUCUUGAGAUUAAUGUUUUUUUAUGUAUUUAUUCGUUUUAUCAUAAGAAAUUAUUUUGAUAUAAUUUAAAAAGGUUUAAUGAUUGUUAAGCUAUUUAGUCAUUUCUAAUAAUUAUAUGGAAGCUUUAAUCCUUCAUAUUUCAUAAUUGCUGUGGUUGCAUUUUCAUAGGGAGUUCAGCAUUUAGCUGAUUUAUCAAUUAACUUUAUGCUUAAGGAUGAUUUUGGAUUAUCACCAGCUAUGAUGGGAUUGUAUUUGAGUUACACAACUAUUCCUUGGAUUGUCAAGCCUUUUUGGGGACUCAUAACUGAUUCAAAGCCUUUAUUUGGAUAUAGAAGAAAAUCUUAUAUAAUAUUAUUUAGUUCUAUUGAUGCUUUGGGUUGGGUUGCCCUGUAUAAGUAUGGGACAAACAGUUUGCAUUCGGCUCUAUUGAUAUUGUUUCUCAUUCAAUUAUCAACUUGCUUUGUGAAUGUGGUAGGAGAGGCUAUUUUGGUGGAGGUAGCAGCAAAAUAAGAACAAAAAUAAGCCAAUUUAUAACAUGGAGCAUCAAAAAACGUAUCCAUCUUUUUUGGAGUCAGGGCUUUUGGAACUCUGAUAAGUGCUUUCUUUUCUGGUGCUUUGCUACACAUAUUUACAAAACAAGAAAUAUUCCUGAUGACUUCAGCAUUUCCAGCAGCCUUAAUGGUGAUUUCAUUCUUCUAUACUGAAGAGAAAGUAAAUUUAAGAGCUUUGAGUCAGGAUGAUAGAAGAAAUAACACUAUGCAAUGUAUUAAGGACUUUUGGAUAUUUUUCAAAAAUCCGUUGAUUUACAAACCAGUGGCAUUAAUUUUUUGUUUUAUGAUGGCCCCCUCCAGUUCAACUAUCAUGUUCUUUUUCUAUACAUCAGUAUUAGGAUUUGAACCAUCCUUCUUGGGUUAGUUGAAAUUUGUAUAUGCCUUCUCGACAAUCUUAGGAGUUCUAUUAUAUAAUAAUUAUUUGAAAGAUGUUCCAUUUAAGAGAAUCUUCAUUACCACAACAAUUUUAUAUUACUUUUGCUAUUAAUCCAUGAUAAUCUUGGUGACAAGAAAAAAUGUAGAAUGGAGGAUAAAUGAUCGAUUCUUUUGUUUGGGCGAUUCCAUAAUGUUAUAAUUGGUAGGAGAAUUAAACAUAAUGCCAAUAUUAGUCUUGGCAUGUAGAAUGUGUCCUAAGAACAUAGAGGCGACCAUGUAUGCUAUGUUGAUGAGCACCAUCAAUUUCGGGUCAACAUUGGGAUCUUAGUUCGGAGCUAUCUUUCUAAUUGCACUUGGAGUUAAUCAAAACGAUUACUCUAGACUCUGGUUGUUCAUUAUGAUUACUGGAGUUUUCAUUCUUCUCCCAUUACCAUGGGUUGGUGUUGUUAAGGAGGACUAAAUUUAAAAAUCAAUGGAUAAACAAAAACUGGCUAAGAAGUAACAGCAAAAUGAUUUUGAAUCCUUAUCUGUAUCAUCAAGUAAUCUACGAUAAGAAGAUGAUCAGUAACAAUUACUGUCUUAAAAUCAAUAAAUGAAUGAUUGA